AUGGACACGGCACAGUUCUCCUACAACUUGCACCGCAGUGAGUCGACCAACACGAGUCCAUUUGAGUUGGCGACGGGGCAGCAACCUUUGACACCUACGACGGUGGCAACGGGGUAUAGAGGCAACAGUCCGGCGGCCUACAAGUUCGCUAAAGGCUGGCACGAGAAGAUGGAGAUGGCCAAGUCUUACUUAGCCCGCGCUAGUAAGAAGAUGAAGAAAUGGGCGGACAAGAAGAGGCGGCACUUGGAAUUCGAAGAGGGAGACAUGGUGAUGGUCAAGUUCUAUCCUCAUCGCUUCAAGCAUCUCAAGAACGUGCACAAGGGACUGCUUCGCCGCUAUGAAGGGCCAUUCCCCAUCGUGAAGAGGAUUGGCAAGGUGGUAUACAAGGUAGAGUUGCCGACGCACUUGGAGAUCCAUCCGGUCUUUCAUUUGAGCCAACUCAAGCCUUACCACGAAGACAAGGAGGAUGAGCAACGAAGGGAGUCGCAAUGCGCACCAACACUCGUCACCAAGACACACGACCAUGAAGUCGAAGAAAUCAUGGCGCGUCGUGUCAUUCCUCGUCGUGGCGUACAUCCAAGCUUUGUGGAGUACUUAGUCAAGUGGCGCAACCUUCCGGAGAGUGAAGCAACUUGGGAGAAAGAGCUCACGCUUUGGAAGAACAAGGACUUGAUCGAGGCAUUCCAUCAAGAGGACGCGACGAGGGCGUCGCGAGCAUAG